CGCAUUUUCCUGCGGAGAACGAUUUUGCUAAAAUAUCACACCACCCUAAUGCUACUCUUAAGUUCUGAAUCACCGCAAACGUAUAAAAAGCGGUCGGGACAACUCCUCAAACAUCAAACAUCAGUUCUACCAGUGAAAGUGAAGUCGGUCGAAAAUUCAUUCAGGAUGCAAGUAAUUUUAACUAUACUAAUUGUGAUGAUUUCACUCAACGGCAUAAAACCGUUCACUGUGCAAAACGGCUCAAACUGGGCAAAUUCAAUUAAAAUAUAUGACUUCAACUGGCCUGCUGAUGCAGCCUCGAUAGGAAACAUCCCAAAACAAAAAAGAAAAUAUAUUUUUUUCAAUACAAUAGUGGACAUACUGCCAUAUAAUUUCACUGAGCCAUUUGAGAAGUGCGAGGGAAUUAAAUUUGUAGGUGGAUCUGUUAAAUCAAUCCACAUUAAUCCUAAAUUAGAUUACCAUCAUUUACACGAAACAUCUACUGAAAAUGCGAUUAUUAAACCUGAUAUGUUCUACAAGCUGGGCAGUUUCCGGUGUGAGAAAACAAAAUUGAGUCAUAUCCCAGAGAACAUUAAUCGAUUAAAACAUUUGAAAUAUUUAAAUCUUGAAGACAACUUGAUAGAAAUCGUUCAAAUGGACCAGUUAAAUGGGUUGGACAAUUUAGAAUACCUAUGGCUUUCGUCUAAUAAAAUAAAACACAUUUACAGUGACGGUCCGGUGAGUUUGCCAUCGCUCACUGAAAUGUAUCUUGACAAUAAUCGACUUCAACAUUUUGCCGUCUGCAGUUGGAUCAUGCCUACUCUUUCCGGCCUUUUUCUGCGAGGUAACAACUUGACACAUUUCGCAAUUCAUCAAUUUCCUGCGCUUAAACUAUUAUUAAUUGAUGAAAACCCAUUGAAUUGCGCAUGGAGAGAUAGUUUAGAGAAUACGUCAAUACGGCUCUAUUCCCCUACAUCUUGUGACGAAAAAAGCGUGGGUGCCUUUGAAUUGGAUUGUCCACCACCAACUAAUCAUCAAUUGAAGCAGCUGAUCUCUAGUGUCAACACCAAGUUAAGCCAAAUUGAAGAAAAAAUGUUGAACAACUAUCAACAAGUUUCCGACAGAAUGCAAAAAAUUGAAGACCUGCUGCAAAAUCUUACCGCAAAAAUUAUUGAACAGCAAAAUGUCUCUAAUGAUAUAAUUGAGGCAAUAUACCGGAUUGAAAUGGAGAGAGCUUCCAAUUUAGCGAAGAAAAUUCCAUAACUUUCGAAAUAAUAAUGUUCAUAUUUAUUAAAUAAUAUAGACAUAAGUAUAAAAAAGUUUUAUGUAUCGAGCUUAAGUUCAUUAUAAA